ACAUCCUGUGCUUGUCACUCUUUUUAGGGAGAUUUGGGAACCAGGCGGAUCAUUUCCUGGGCUCCUUGGCAUUUGCCAAGAUGCUGAAUCGUACUCUGGCUGUUCCUCCCUGGAUUGAAUACCGACACCACAAGCCUCCCUAUACCAAUUUGCAUGUUUCCUACAAGGAAUACUUCAAGAUGGAGCCUCUCUUAGAAUAUCACCGUGUUAUCAGCUUGGAGGACUUUAUGAAGAGCUUAGCACCCAUUCACUGGCCUCCUGGCAAGCGAGUGGCUUACUGCUUUGAAGCAGCAGCUCAGAGAAGCAGUGACAAAAAGACUUGUCCCAUGAAGGAUGGAAAUCCCUUUGGUCCAUUUUGGGAUCAAUUCAACGUGGACUUCAAUAAGUCUGAGCUCUUCGGAGGCAUUUCCUUCAGUGUCUCUUACAAGGACCAGUGGCUCCAAAGGUUUCCUCCAUCAGAGCACCCUGUUCUUGCUCUACCUGGAGCUCCAGCUCAGUUUCCAGUCUUAGAGGAGCAUCGGCCUCUGCACAAGUAUGUGGUGUGGUCUGAUGAGAUGGUGCAGAAGGGAGAGGCCUAUAUUCAUUCUUUCCUGGUUAGACCCUAUGUAGGAAUUCAUCUGAGGAUCGGCUCAGACUGGAAAAAUGCAUGUAAUAUGCUGAAGGAUGGGACGGCUGGAUCUCACUUCAUGGCUUCGCCACAGUGCGUAGGCUAUGACCGAAACAACGCUGCGCCUCUCACAAUGGACAUGUGCCUGCCAGACCUGACGGAGAUCAAGCGUGCACUCAAGCUCUGGGUGAAGCAGGUGGAAGCUAAGUCAGUCUACAUUGCCACUGAUUCUGAGGCCUACACUAUGGAAAUACAGCGGCUUUUCAAAGGAAAGAUCAAAGUGGUGAAUUUACAGCCUGAAGUGGCCCAGAUAGACUUGUAUAUCCUUGGCCAAUCUGACCAUUUUAUUGGGAACUGUGUCUCUUCAUUUACUGCCUUUGUGAAACGAGAACGUGAUGUGCAUGGGAGGCCCUCCUCAUUUUUUGGCAUGGACUAUCCUCCGAGGCUGCGGGAUGAAUUCUGAGCAGGAGAGGAAGAGACAGAUUUUGAUUGUUCUCAUAGCUCUAAACACCAAUACACUGUCAGCAAAUACACUAUGAUAAAAAUGUCAUUUCACUUCCACUAUGACAGACCUGUGCCCAAACCUUCAUCUUGAUCUCACGUUAAUCUUUGGAUUUUUUCUGAUCAUCUUCUCAGUAAUUCCAUGAUACCAGCAUAAGAUAAGAAAUGGAAAGUGAAUUUUUAACUCUGGGGUUGACCUCUGGAAACCUUCCGUUCUCAUUAUUUGGGAUUUAUCAGCCAUCCCAAUCAGAUAGCAGCUCAGAUUUCCCUCUCUCCAUUUCCUCUAUCUUACUGUUUCUUCUGCAAGUGCUGGGAAGCAUUUUCAGAUGCACCUGGGAUGACAGGUGCUUAAGAAGUGCACACUAGUUUUAUAAAGGGGCAUGAUCCAUGAAAAGGAAUGUUGCCUAAAGCUUACCCCACUGAGUAUCAGAAGAUCUGAGUUUUAUUUCAAGCACAGCUGCUGUCUGACUUUGGGCAACUCACCUCUGUGCCUCCGUUUCCCACCUGUAAAAUGGAUUUAAUACUUCUACCUCACAAGAGUGAUGGGACUAAACUUAAAAUAUUUUGAAAUGUCAAAAGUAUGCUGUAGAUGGUGAUAGUACAGGCUGAAACUCUCAAUUCUGGCAUCCGGGGAACUGACUGGUAUCGAACAAGAGAAUUUGUCAAGCCACGGAAGGUCAAUAUUUUCUAGCAGCAUUGCCAACAUUGCCACUGUUUCUGGGCUCUUAGAAGACAUUUAGGGAUAAAUUGAAGCUAAUAACAGCACAGAACGCUGAGAGCCAGGACUGGUGGCUGUAAACAAACCUUAUGGGACCACAGGAAACUUAGUCACGCCCAUGAUAAGUGCACAUCUGGCUAACUAAGAUCAUGCCAGACCAUGGAUGUUGCUGGAAUAGAGAGGUUCAACCUGUAUAUCAUCAUCAUGACAUGGCUGUCUGUUCAGUCUGUUUUAGUGCCUGCACUGAGCAGGGCACACAGGACACUAAUGGGGCAAUCUCGUUCAGUUUGUCAGGGCUAGUGUUUUGUGAUUUCAUUGCUGAUGUCUCUUUCUCUGUGAUGAGGAUUAUAUUUGGUCCCAGGGAUCUGUGAAAAAUCAGUAAACCUUAACAAUAUUUUAAAAUGAAACAAACUUUUAAAAUAAUCUCAACAGAGCAUUCGGAGGACGUAUGCUGGGCUUUUACCAUGGGUAGGUUUCUGCAUAUUGUAACAAAGGGCCCUCUCUGCUGACAGCAAAACCUGGGCCACAAUGAUGGUUCCCAUUCAACUGGUUAGGGACAUUGUCCCUUUACAGUGAGAUGCUAACAAACUCGGAUUAAGACUUUUGACCAGUACAGUUUAAUUUUGCACGGGCAACUCGAUAGCCAUGAAAAGAUAACGAUGUGGAUCAACUCUUGAUUGGACAACACCGGGCAUCUUCUUGUUCCUGUGGCUAUUUGUAAAUGAGUGAGUUUUGACACACGCUCCUUUUUUAUACGGAUUAGUUGUACAGGUAGGGCAUUUUCUCCUGAUGUGGAACACUCUCAGAUCUGAGCAUCACUCUUUGGUUUAAUUCUCAGUGUCUCCUUAUUUGUGUUCCUGUGGUUUGUAGUGAAUGUCAGAGGAGUUGAGGCCCAAGUUAAAUUGGAAGCUAACUGUGGUGCUGCUUCAAUAUACACUAGCCUAGUGCUUUUCAAUGCUAACUUUCAAAAAUGUAUCUGAUUUGGUCGUUUCAGUAGGGCUAACUGCGAGCAGGUUUUCAGCUAGCUAGGGAUACAUGUAACUAUGGAAGCCCAUAAACCUAAGCAGUCCAGAUCCAUCAGUAUUUGCUUCCAAUUUGUGGUGGUACUGAAAGAUACACUCAAAAGACUGCAUUGAUUAAGAAUGGUGAAUGAUUGAACGAUUACUGAGAUUUGCAAAAUAUCAUGGUUUAGAAGGUGUAUUUUGAUUUAAGCAUUGAAAAGAAAAUAUUUUUGUACUUCUUUUUUCAUAAUAAAACACAGUUAAAUAUAU